GGAAGCGUUCAGUUAAAAAUCAGUUCUCUUGUUCUCUUCAUUUUCGGGAUCUUUCUUCUGGUUUAUCUUUUGAAUUUUGAAAAUGGCUGCCAAUUCUCAGAUUGUGCACAAGUUGUACAAGAGUGUAAUUGACGAUGUGAUAAACAACGUUCGAGAGGCAUUUUUAGAUGAAGGAGUCGAGGAACCGGUUUUGCAAGACUUAAAACAGAUAUGGGAGAGCAAGCUCAUCCAGUCGAGAGCUAUAGACCUCGCCCAAAAACCACCUCAACAGGCUGCUGGCAAGUACAAAGGUCAAGAUACUUCAAGGUCAUAUCACAAUGCCCAAUCUUCAUCUGACAGACAACAGAUGGAACAUCAAAGAACUCAACCACAAAUGGUUCUUCAGGGUGCCACUUCAUCACAAUCAUCUGUUUCUAACAACUUGAGUUCAUCUGCUGUGGCGGCUACUGCAGCACUCCAGCAGAACAUGCUCCAUUUGCAAUCACAACGACAGCAGAUCCAGAAUGUACCAUUUACCAUCCAACAGCAAGGAGCUGCUGGCGGUGCAACACAAACAUUCCCAGCAUACCAAAUCCAGACCCAGCAGCAACAAGGUGGCGUGGUUGGGUACCCACCCAUCAUCAUCCAACCAGGUGCUCAGUCCAAUGCCCAGCAAUCACGCAUCAUGACAACACCCCAGGGUGUGGUGCUACCCCAAGGGACAAUACGAGUGCAAUCCAGCGGAGAUCAGCCGUCAAUAGUGCAAGUAGAUGGUGCUAACGAUUCAUCAGAUGACGAUGACGAUGAAUUUGAUGAUGACGACGAUGAUGACAAGGAUGACGACGACGAUGAUGAUGACAAAGAAAAUGAUGAUGCUGCUGGUGAAGAUGAGGAGGACCCUCUCAACUCGGCUGACGACGUUAGUGACGAGGAUCCAGCUGAUCUCUUUGAAUCAGAAAAUGUUGUAGUAUGUCAGUAUGAUAAGAUCAAUCGGAAUAGAAAUAAGUGGAAGUUUACUUUGAAACAUGGCAUCAUGAACCUGAAGGGGAAAGACUACGUUUUCAACAAAUCGACGGGGGAUGCAGACUGGUAGGAUCCACGAAUGGUGCCAUCAAGGUCAGCUAUUAGCCAAUCUUCUUGCAAAAGAAAAGUUUGUAGGAAUGGGGGUGCAUACCAACUCUUUUAUGUUCCAUAAAGGUGGUACAGGAAGGCUCUAGGUCUGGAUGUUUUCCAUGUCAACAUGCCACUGCAGGUCAUUGAUUCUAUGAGUUACUUGAAAAUUUGCCUACUCCCCCUGUCUGAGCAUCUCUUGUUCCUUGGUGCUGUUGAAAGAAUAUCCUGGCAUUUCCUACUGUGGUUCUCAAAGAAUUUAGUAGGGUGUGGGGGUAAUGCACGCCCGCCGCCUGGUUUAAAAAAAUUAAAGAAUUGUGUCAUGUAUGUGCCCCAAGAGGCAAACAUACACAUUUCCUUGUCUUUGUUUGUCACACAUAUUUUUGACCCCCCCCCCCCCCCCUUACAUAAAAUAUCAUUGGUAUGGUGAAAUGAUGUUAAAAUGAUAUUGUAACAUUUUAAUUCAUAAUGAUGGUGCUAUGAUGUUGUCAACCUCAUACCUCUAUGGUUACAAAUGGCGCAUCCAUGCUUGGAAAGGCCAGCAAAAAUGACACAUUGGUCUCAGAAGCUUUAACAAUUACCAAGGGCAAGGAUUGGCUUAUAUAUAUUUUAUAAAUAUGUUCAUUUUAUUUUCUACUGAAUUAUUUUUAUGAUAAUAUUGGAAACAAAGUGCAUUAUUUAUAGGGUGAGAGAGCAGAAAUGGUAUAGAAAUGAACAGGGAAGUGGAAAAAGAAGCUAAUAUUAAAUAAUUUAAGUAAUAUUAUUGACAUGUCUCACAUUUGCCAUUGAUUUAUGUAAAUUGGACAUUGAUUCCUUCCAAAAUUGUAUAUUUUGGACUUCUUAGUCACAGCUCUGUGGGUCUUGUGGGAAAUGACAAAUGGGCCUAA